GCCCGGGGUUUAACGCUGCCCAAAUCAAGGGUUUAAGCAACCAAUUUGUACUCCUCCAUAAUCCCAUCCAUCUCCUUGCUGGCCAGGCGGCGUAACUGAAGUGAGGAGGAAGACGGAGCUGGAGAGAAACGCCAGUCACGGCCUCCUCCAUAUGCUUGUUGGGUGCGGCACAAGCAACUACGGCAGCUGCUGAACCUGAAAGCGAGCGAGCGACCGAGCCAACCUCGCCACAUGCCUCGCCGACCAUCGCGUCCUGCUUCUCCUUGCUCUUGCUCUUCCCAGUAGCAAGCGACCGAGCGCAUCGCAUGCCGUGACCUCGCCGUGCCGGGCGGCCACGCUCUCGGUUGGAGGGAAAAAGUAAGUCGUUGCCUUUUUCCCGGUUCCCGCGGCGGGUCCUUCUUGAUCGAGAGGCGGUUUCGUCGAUAAUAAUGGCGCACCACCGCCGCCGGGCGCGGCUCUUCUCCGUGGUCGCCGCCGCCGCCGCGCUUCUGGUGCUGUCUGUCGGGACGGCCGCGGCGCUGUCGCCGGACGGCAAGGCGCUGCUGUCGCUGCUCCCCGGCGCGGCGCCGUCGCCCGUGCUUCCGUCGUGGGACCCCAAGGCCGCGACGCCGUGCUCGUGGCAGGGGGUCACGUGCUCGCCGCAGAGCCGGGUGGUGUCGCUCUCGCUGCCCAACACCUUCCUCAACCUGUCCUCGCUGCCGCCGCCGCUCGCCACGCUCUCCUCGCUGCAGCUGCUCAACCUCUCCACCUGCAACAUCUCCGGGACCGUCCCGCCCUCGUACGCCUCGCUCUCCGCGCUGCGCGUCCUGGACCUGUCCUCCAACGCGCUCACGGGCGACAUCCCCGACGAGCUCGGCGCGCUCUCGGGGCUCCAGUUCCUGCUCCUCAACUCCAACCGCCUCACCGGCGGCAUCCCUCGCUCGCUCGCCAACCUCUCCGCGCUCCAGGUGCUCUGCGUCCAGGACAACCUCCUCAACGGCACCAUCCCGGCGUCGCUCGGCGCGCUCGCCGCGCUCCAGCAGUUCCGCGUCGGCGGCAACCCGGAGCUGUCGGGACCCAUCCCGGCCUCGCUCGGCGCGCUCUCCAACCUCACCGUCUUCGGCGCCGCCGCCACCGCGCUGUCCGGCCCCAUCCCCGAGGAGUUGGGCAGCCUCGUCAACCUCCAGACGCUGGCAUUGUACGACACCAGCGUGUCCGGCUCCAUACCCGCCGCGCUCGGCGGCUGCGUCGAGCUGCGCAACCUCUACCUCCACAUGAACAAGCUGACCGGCCCGAUACCGCCGGAGCUCGGGCGGCUGCAGAAGCUCACCAGUCUGCUCCUCUGGGGCAACGCCCUCUCCGGGAAGAUCCCGCCGGAGCUGUCCAGCUGCUCCGCAUUGGUGGUGCUCGACCUGUCGGGCAACCGGCUUACCGGCGAGGUGCCUGGGGCGCUCGGGCGGCUCGGCGCGCUCGAGCAGCUGCACCUGUCAGACAACCAGCUCACGGGGCGCAUACCGCCGGAGCUCAGCAACCUGAGCAGCCUCACCGCGCUGCAGCUCGACAAGAACGGCUUCUCGGGCGCGAUCCCGCCGCAGCUGGGAGAGCUCAAGGCGCUGCAGGUGCUGUUCCUCUGGGGCAACGCGCUGUCUGGCGCGAUCCCGCCGUCGCUGGGCAACUGCACCGAGCUGUACGCGCUGGACCUGUCAAAGAACCGCUUCUCCGGCGGCAUCCCCGACGAGGUGUUCGCGCUGCAGAAGCUCAGCAAGCUGCUCCUCCUGGGCAACGAGCUCUCCGGCCCGCUCCCCCCGAGCGUCGCCAACUGCGUAUCAUUGGUGCGCCUCCGGCUCGGCGAGAACCAGCUCGUCGGCGAGAUACCCAGAGAGAUCGGCAAGCUGCAGAACCUGGUGUUCCUGGACCUGUACUCAAACAGGUUCACCGGCUCGCUGCCCGCCGAGCUCGCCAACAUCACGGUGCUGGAGCUGCUGGACGUGCACAACAACAGCUUCACCGGUGGCAUCCCGCCGCAGUUCGGGGAGCUCAUGAACCUGGAGCAGCUCGACCUGAGCAUGAACAAGCUCACCGGCGAGAUACCGGCGAGCUUUGGCAACUUCAGCUACCUUAACAAGCUGAUCCUCAGCGGCAACAAUCUGUCCGGGCCAUUGCCCAAGUCGAUUCGGAACCUGCAGAAGCUGACAAUGCUGGACCUGAGCAACAACAGCUUCUCCGGCCCAAUACCGCCGGAGAUCGGCGCGCUGUCGAGCCUGGGCAUAAGCCUGGACCUGAGCUCGAACAGGUUCGUCGGCGAGCUGCCGGACGAAAUGUCCGGUUUGACGCAGCUGCAGUCACUCAACCUCGCGAGCAAUGGCCUCUACGGCAGCAUCUCGGUCCUGGGUGAGCUCACCAGCCUGACAUCCCUUAACAUCUCGUACAACAACUUCUCUGGCGCCAUCCCAGUGACGCCGUUCUUCAGGACAUUGUCGUCCAACUCUUAUCUUGGCAAUGCCAACCUCUGUGAGUCCUACGAUGGCCACUCCUGUGCAGCGGACAUGGUUCGCAGGUCCGCCCUGAAGACGGUCAAGACGGUGAUCCUCGUCUGUGGCGUUCUGGGGUCAAUCGCGCUGCUGCUUGUUGUGGUUUGGAUUCUGAUCAACAGGAGCAGGAAGCUGGCCAGCCAGAAGGCCAUGAGCUUGUCAGGUGCUGGCGGCGAUGAUUUCUCCAACCCCUGGACGUUUACGCCGUUCCAGAAGCUCAACUUCAGCAUUGACAACAUCUUGGCAUGCCUAAGGGAUGAGAACGUGAUCGGCAAAGGUUGCUCCGGGGUGGUGUACAGAGCUGAGAUGCCGAACGGGGACAUCAUCGCAGUGAAGAAGCUCUGGAAGGCCGGCAAGGAUGAGCCGAUCGAUGCCUUUGCGGCUGAGAUUCAGAUUUUGGGGCACAUCAGGCACCGGAACAUUGUGAAGCUACUUGGGUACUGCUCUAACAGGUCUGUCAAGCUCCUGCUUUACAACUACAUCCCCAAUGGCAACCUGCUGCAGCUCCUGAAGGAGAACAGGAGUCUGGACUGGGACACGAGGUACAAGAUUGCCGUUGGAACAGCGCAGGGGCUGGCUUACCUGCACCACGACUGCGUUCCGGCGAUACUCCACAGGGAUGUCAAGUGCAAUAACAUACUGCUCGAUUCCAAGUAUGAGGCCUACCUGGCUGAUUUUGGGCUGGCCAAGCUGAUGAACUCCCCCAAUUAUCAUCACGCCAUGUCACGCAUUGCCGGUUCUUAUGGAUACAUUGCUCCAGAGUACGCGUACACGAGCAACAUCACGGAGAAGAGCGACGUGUACAGCUACGGCGUGGUGCUGCUGGAGAUCCUGAGCGGGCGGAGCGCGAUCGAGCCGGUGGUGGGCGAGACCAGCCUGCACAUCGUGGAGUGGGCCAAGAAGAAGAUGGGCAGCUACGAGCCGGCGGUGAACAUCCUGGACCCGAAGCUGCGGGGCAUGCCGGACCAGCUGGUGCAGGAGAUGCUGCAGACGCUGGGCGUGGCCAUCUUCUGCGUGAACGCGGCGCCGGCGGAGCGGCCGACGAUGAAGGAGGUGGUGGCGCUGCUCAAGGAGGUGAAGACCCCGCCGGAGGAGUGGGCCAAGACCUCGCAGCAGCCGCUCAUCAAGCCCGGCAGCCAGCAAGGGUGACCGUACCGAACCUGACGGCAUUGGGGACCGGUUUCUCUGAUUUCGCAUCGUUGGUGGAGCAAGAGGCUCGAGAAUUCGUUGUAGGGGGGGCGCAGAUUGCAGCAGCAGGUAGAAGAAAAAAAAGAAGGGAAGCGGAGUAGGUUUUUGAUAAUUCUGGGUCAGGGGCUAGCUUAGCUUUGGUUAGGCGAUUCUUGUACAGUUUCAGGAUGGUCUUGUAGCCCGUUUUAGGGGAACUUGAUGGAUGAAAAAUUUUCUUGCAAUACAUUAGCCGUGUUUUCGCUUUGCAUCA